AGAAACAUGCUAUCACCAAUUUAUCGGCUUAAAGGUUCGGGAGGAUGCCUUUCAUGGUGCGACACCAACAUCAUCAACAACGUUAUGCCUAGAAUGCCAAACAUUGAUUGAGAGUCAUGAUCACAUUAAACUCCUCAGUAAUGCUAGGAAUGACCUAUACACAGCUUCGAAGGAUGUAGAGGGUAUAAUGUCGAUCUUUGUUGAGACUGCUGAGGCACGUGAUUCCUUGAGUGAUGACAAGGAACCUAUAAACACCUAUGAG